CACUCACUCACUCUAAUAUACUCGUUUGGCAUGAGUUUUCUAGUCAGCUGCUUAUUUUUUCCUCUGGUCAAAUAAGUUCACAUGAUCAUCUGAUAGGUCUCAUUUCUAAUCAGUCUGUGCAGCAGACACGACGUCUUUGUUACACUUUCCUGCUCUCCUUCUUGCUUUCACUCCUCAUUCUUUCUCAUCAUAUUCACAGUUGUUCUUUUUCUCAUCACACAUUUUUUGGACUUUUGUUACUGAGACCUAUGUUCUAGGGAUACUAGACUCAUGGGUCCAAAAAAGGAGAGCCGGAACAACGAUUCGUUUGAUGGUGAUGGCAUGGUAAAUAACUUCUGUGGAUUGACUAAUGAGCAGGACGCAGAUGUAUCAGAAGAGGAGAGUAGAGACAAGCUAAUUUAUUGCGUAACUGACAUACCACCUUGGUACUUAUGCAUAAUCCUGGGAAUUCAGCACUUUCUGACUGCAUUUGGAGGAAUCAUUGCCAUCCCGCUGAUCCUGUCUCAGGGUCUGUGUCUGCAGCAUGAUGGACUCACUCAGAGCCACCUGAUCAGCACCAUCUUCUUUGUUUCAGGAAUAUGCACCUUAUUGCAGGUCACCUUGGGUGUCAGGUUACCUAUUCUUCAAGGUGGGACAUUCAGUCUUCUUGCACCUACAACAUCCUUGCUGUCCAUGCCAGAUUGGGUCUGUCCUGCUUGGACACAGAAUGCCACCCUGGUCAACACAUCCUCCCCUGAGUUCAUAGAAGUCUGGCAAAGUCGCAUACGGGUGAUUCAGGGUUCCAUUAUGGUGGGCUCCCUGUUUCAGGUGCUGGUGGGAUUCUCUGGUCUUAUUGGUCUGUUCAUGCGGUUCAUUGGUCCUCUGACAAUUGCACCCACCAUCUCUCUCAUUGGCCUUUCUUUGUUUGACUCUGCUGGCAUGAACGCAGGAAGCCACUGGGGAAUCUCAGCCAUGACGACAUGCUUAAUCGUUCUGUUUUCCCAGUAUCUCCGCCACGUUGCCAUCCCUCUCCCUGCAUACAGCAAGGCCAAAAAGUUUCACAUCUCCAAGAUAAACAUCUUUCAGAUUCUUCCUGUCCUCCUGGGAAUCACUGUUUCAUGGCUCAUCUGUUACCUUUUGACUAUCUAUAAUGUCCUCCCGUCUGAUCCAAAGCAGUAUGGGUAUCUUGCUCGCACAGACAUUAAAGGAGAUGUAAUGGGGAAUGCGCCUUGGUUCAGGUUUCCAUAUCCAGGCCAGUGGGGCUUACCAACUGUGAGUCUGGGAGGGGUGUUAGGAAUCCUGGCAGGAAUCAUAUCCUCCAUGAUUGAGUCAGUAGGUGACUACCAUGCUUGUGCCAGGUUAAGUGGUGCUCCACCUCCACCCAGACAUGCAAUCAACAGGGGGAUUGGGAUUGAAGGCCUGGGCAGCCUGUUGGCUGGGGCCUGUGGGACAGGCAAUGGAACCACUUCUUAUAGUGAGAAUGUAGGUGCACUGGGCAUCACUAAGGUCGGCAGCCGCAUGGUAAUUGUUGCCGGUGGGGUCAUUAUGAUCAUAAUGGGAUUGUUUGGGAAAAUUGGAGCUGUUUUUAGUACGAUCCCGACACCUGUCACUGGAGGGAUGUUUUUAGUCAUGUUUGGAAUCAUAACUGCAGUCGGUGUCUCAAAUCUACAGUAUGUGGAUAUGAACUCUUCACGAAACAUCUUUAUCUUUGGCUUCUCAAUGUUUACGGGGCUUGUCAUUCCAAACUGGAUAAUAAAAAAUCCUGAUAUCGUAAAGACAGGUAUUGUGGAGUUGGAUCAGGUGCUACAGGUUCUUCUAACAACUUCCAUGUUUGUUGGAGGAUUUUUUGGAUUCAUUCUUGAUAACACCAUCCCUGGAACAAAGCAUGAGCGGGGCAUGACUGUGUGGAACAAGGUCCAUGAAGAUGAGUCUGAGAACAUUGUGGAAAGCGAGGAGGUCUAUGGCCUUCCCUGUGGCAUUAGUUCUCGUCUUGCAUCCUACUCCUGGGUUAGAUACAUACCUUUUUGCCCCUCACAUAAAGCCAGACCACAGAAUGACACAUCCAGCUGCUCUGUUUCACUUGGAAUGAAGGAGACGAUACGGAAAGAUGAUACACAUAUCAUAGUAGCAGUCCAAAUAUAGUCAUUCAUAAGGACUCCCAUUUUUGGGCCUUCAUUUUUCAUAAAUUAUUGUAAUCUACUUGUGUGGAUGCUAACCUGUGAAAUCUGAGGUCACACUAUAAAAUGAUAAAUGAUCUCAAUAAUGAGCUGAGGCAGCUAUUUAGGACUUGGAUAUAUUCCUUUUGUACUGAAUCAAUUUUCCUGAUGGUUGUCAUGAGUCCCACUUUGUGCAGCGUGCUGUGGAGCAUGUGAGCGUGCGUUUACCUGCUUCUCCCAUGUGGACAGUUGUGACAUUUCGACACGUGCAUCUGUUUAUGUUUCUGUAAUGUCUCCUCCCCAUCCUGUCAUUGGUUGUGGUGUCACGUUUGUAUGUAUUGCCCUCAGCUGUUAGCAGUUACAAGGCUGAUCAUGUCGGCAUAUAUACCGCGUGCCUCCCAACACUCAAUGCGGAAUAUUAGAAUAGAGAGAUUAGAUGCUGUAGCUGUAGCUGUAGCUGUAGCUGUAGCUGUAGCUGUAGCUGUAGCUGUAGCUGUAGCUGUAGCUGUAGCUGUAGCUGUAGCUGGUCUUAGUUCAUGUUUAGGUUCGUUAGUUUAGUUCACGCUGGUUUCUCCGCUACCAGUCCCCCGCUGUUGUUUAUGUUUCUCGUUUUGUUCAUCGACCCUGUUUUCCGUGACCACGACCUUGAUUCCUGCCUAGCCCUGUGUAUGCCUGUUUCCCGAUCACCUGACCUCUUGCAUGAUUUGGAUUAUGUUUCUGGAUCAUAUUUUGGAUUUACCUGCCUGUGUUUCUCAAUAAAGAAAACCGUUCCAACUG